AUGCUGUUGCUUGUGUGUCUGAGCUUCUUCCUGCGUAUUUGUCUAUCCGCCACUAUCACCACCACGGUUGCCUCCGCGGACGCGCAGAAUUUGGUUUUUAGUGCAAAUGCGGGUGUGCUCCAGGUGUUUUUGAACGAUUUUGCUUCUCGGUUCGACGACUAUACUUCAUAUAUGAACUCUGCCGGAAUACCCUUCCCGGGGUCUCUGGUGCAGUUUUAUAUGAACGUUGAGCAGGCAAGCACCAACCAGGCCGCGGUCACCUCAAUGUUGGUGAGCGACUUCCCGAUGUCUGAAUUCAAAACGUACAUUUCUGUCUUCCCGUGGUACAGCUCGCUUCUCUCUGCUGGCGGUGAGUCGACAAUCUACGUGACGGAGGACGUGGUCUCCAAAACGGUCGCCGUGUACGAGGAGUCCAAUAGGUUUGAUCUCAAGGUGGUCUCGGCCACCUCUGCCGUCUCGUCUCUCGCGUCCAGCAUGUCUAGCUCCUCUUCUUCUAGUUCCGCUCUGUCAGCAAACUCCACAGGCGGUGCCGCCAAGUUGAUUGUGCCCGGUUUCGGUCUUAUUCUGUUGGGAAUAUUAAUAUAG